AUGUCGAUCGGAACGGGGGCUGUAGGAUUGAACCUCACGGCUGCUAACUACGUACACAUAGUGGAGCCUCAGUGGAACCCUUCUGUAGAAGAGCAAGCCAUCGCACGAGCUCUACGGAUGGGCCAGACACGGGAGGUCACUGUCCUGCGGUACGUCGUGCAGCGUACUGUUGAGCAGAAUAUUACGCACCUCCAAAAGAAGAAGAAGAGCGUUGCCAAAUUCAUGUUUAAUGUUGGCGCAGCAGAGGAACUAGACGGAAAGCUGGAGAUCUUGAUUCUAGUCCAAUAG